UGCAUGCCGAACACCAAUUUAGUUGUUUAGCUACAGUGAAAAGUGGAAAAAUGUGUGCAAUUAUUCAUUAAGAUUUAAUAAGUGUUUAAAAAAAAAAUGAAUACAUCAGAAUCUCGUGAAGAUCUGUUGCAAAAUGAAGCUCGAGCACCAUCAGUUCAAUCUCUCAAACCACCUACGGAAUAUGUGCUUGGUCCCGUUGAGAAGCAUUUUUUAGUCAGCGCUGAAAGAGGAGAUUGUGCUACAGUUAGACGGCUUCUUGAAGAACAUAAGGGCCAUCCUGAGAUAUUAAAUAUUAAUUGUGUAGAUCCACUGAAUCGAUCUGCCCUCAUUUCAGCCAUUGAAAAUGAAAAUAUUGAGUUGAUAAAGAUUCUUCUAGAUUGGGGAAUUCAAGUAAAGGAUUCUCUCUUACAUGCUAUUAAAGAAGAAUAUGUUGAGGCCGUGGAGAUGUUGCUGAAUUGGGAAGAAAAAAAUCACACACCUGGACAACCUUACAGUUGGGAAGCUUUAGAUGCUGCUGAAUAUAAUUUCACGCCGGAUAUAACUCCAUUGAUUCUUGCGGCUCAUAAAAAUAAUUAUGAGAUACUUAAGAUUCUUCUUGAUCGGGGUGCAACUCUCCCAUGUCCUCAUGAUGCAAGAUGCGGAUGUGACGAAUGUGUAACCUCAAGCGAACAAGAUUCUUUACGUCAUUCUCGUUCUCGAAUAAAUGCUUAUAGAGCACUCACCUCACCCUCCCUUAUCGCCCUUUCUUCACGAGAUCCACUGUUAACUGCAUUUGAAUUGUCGUGGGAACUUCGAAGACUUAGUCGAAUGGAACAAGAAUUUCGCAGUGAUUAUAAUGAAUUGAAAGAACAAUGUCAAGAGUUUGCAACUACCUUGUUGGAUCAUGCUCGCUCUUCCCAAGAACUUGAAAUUAUUCUUAAUUACAAUCCAACAGGAGACAAUUGGGAACCAGGAGAAAGACAAACUUUAGAUCGUCUCAAACUUGCUAUAAAAUACAAACAAAAAGCGUUUGUAGCACAUCCUAACGUUCAGCAACUUCUUGCUGCGAUAUGGUAUGAUGGUCUACCAGGUUUCCGGCGAUUGAGUAUGGUUGGACAGCUGAUAAAAGUUGCCAAACUUGGAAGUAUGUUUCCAAUUUACAGUUCUAUUUACAUGGUAUCACCUACUUCUCAAAUGGGACUGUUUAUGAAAAAACCAUUUGUAAAGUUUAUUUGUCAUUCUUCUUCGUAUGCUUUUUUUCUCAUGCUUCUCGGAAUGGCAUCACAGCGCAUUGAAUAUCUUGUUAUUGAAUUAUUUGGAAAUGCAUGGAUGCGAGAAAUUCUCGAAGGCUGGAAGAAAAGAGAAAGAGGAUGUAUUCCUGGAUUUGUAGAAUCUGGAGUAAUUAUUUACGUAAUCAGUUUAAUUUCCGCUGAAAUCCGAUCUUUAUGGUCUGAUGGAUUACUGGAGUACAUAUCCGACCUCUGGAACAUUGUAGACUUUAUUCAAAACACCUUCUAUGUUAUUUGGAUAUUCCUAAGAGCAACAGCAUGGUUCGUUGUACAGAGAGAAUAUUGGAGUGGAGACGAUCCUUGGUACCCAAGAGACCAAUGGCAUGCAUUUGACCCGAUGCUUUUGUCCGAAGGUGCUUUUGCCGCUGGGAUGAUAUUUAGUUUCCUUAAACUUGUCCAUAUAUUUAGUGUCAAUCCUCAUUUAGGACCGUUACAAAUUUCCUUGGGAAGAAUGAUUAUAGACAUUAUUAAAUUUUUUUUCAUUUAUACUCUAGUGUUAUUUGCUUUUGGAUGUGGAAUGAAUCAAUUAUUGUGGUACUAUGCUGAUUUAGAAAAAGCAAAAUGUUAUCAUGCGGAUUAUGAAAUACCUGAUUUUGACAAUCAAGAGAAAGCUUGUUCUAUAUGGAGACGAUUUGCAAAUUUAUUCGAAACGUCACAAUCACUCUUCUGGGCCAGUUUUGGAAUGAUAGACCUUAUGUCAUUCGAUUUAACAGGAAUUAAAAGUUUCACACGAUUCUGGGCUUUGUUAAUGUUUGGAUCAUAUUCUGUUAUCAAUGUUAUUGUACUUUUAAACAUGCUUAUCGCUAUGAUGUCUAAUUCAUAUCAAAUAAUCUCGGAACGAUCUGACACUGAAUGGAAGUUUGCACGAAGUCAUCUUUGGAUGAGUUACUUUGAAGAUGGUGAUACCGUUCCUGCACCAUUCAACAUGAUUCCCACAGCUAAAACCUUUAAUAAAAUUAUUAAAUGUGGUAAUACCGGACGUCCUACUAAAUCAUUGAUUAAAAAAUCACGUGAAAAAGCACAGGAACGUCAUGAUACAGUGAUACGAAUUUUAGUACGCCGUUAUGUGACUUCAGAACAACGUAAACGUGAUGAGUAUGGAAUUACUGAAGAUGAUGUGAUGGAAAUUCGUCAAGAUAUUUCGACGUUGCGGUAUGAAUUGAUAGAUAUCUUGCGACAAAAUGGAAUGAAAACUCCUAAUGUUGAUCAAACUGAUACGACAUUAUCUGGCAAGAAAGGACGAGUAAUGGAACGACUACUGCAAAAAGAUUUCCAGAUUGGUAUCGUUGAAGGUAUAGUGAAUGCUGUAAUUCAAAAUGAAAAAGAGCCUAAAGAUGUGUUCAGUCAAUUGGCUCGGGCGAUUGGAAAACGAGCAAGUGCAACUAAGAAGAAAGACUGGAAUGCUGCUGUUAGACAAAGUACCAUUACGAGAGAUCCGAUUGGCAGUAGAAGUGAAGCUGAGAUUAAACAGACCCGAAGGAGUCUUCGUAUUCACCAGAAAAAUCAUCCAGAUUCAGAUUUGGCUUCUUUCGAUCCUGAUCGACUCGUUUCUUAUAAUCCUAAUUUAUCUGAAGUAUCUCCAGCAACUCGAGUGGCUUAUGCUAAAUUUAUCAUGGGAAAACUCGAUAAAGCUAAAGCUGUUGGUGAGGCUACUGAUGAUAAAAAAGAACAAAAACCAGCUGAGGAAGGUACGAAAUCCCAAAGGGCUAGCUUGAAAGUAAUGGUAUCAGGAAUAAGUCAAUCUCGAUCAUCACCACCAAGUUCUCUUUCGGGAUCAUUAAAAAAGAGUGUACUGAAACCAUUGAGUUCUGUUAGUAGUCAAGAUAAAAGCGAUGGUGAAUUUAGAACAAUACCAUCACCGAUUCCCGAAGAUCCAGAAGGUGAAAGUGUUUCUACAUCAACCAAAACUAGCUCUCAAACAAAAGAUGAGCAACGAAAAGAAAGCGCCGAUAAAACUGAAUCAGAAGAUAAGAAGGAGAGCACAAAAGUUGAGAAAAAGCCAACUGAAGAUGAGAAAAAAGAUGAACAAACGAAGAAAGAAGAAGAAGAAAAGAAGAGUGAAGAGGAGGAAAAGAAAGAUGAAUCUAAAAAAGAGGAAGAUAAAAAGACAGACGAUAAGAAACCAGCCAAAACAGAAGCUAAGCCCGCACCCAAACCAAGCACUAGUGCAGAACCAUCAUCAACUCAACAAAGAGAUACUUAUGGUCAGACUAAAGCAAGAGGAAAAUCAAAAGUCACAGGAAAAAUAACGGGUGGAUGGUUAUAAUUUAUUGUACAGUUUUAUUAAUUAUAAUUAACUAUAAAUAUAUAAAUAAUAAAUGUUAAAUAAGAAAA